AGGAACUUUCUCCUCAGAGCAAAAUUCCAUUUUGACUUAUUCUUGGAGACAGUAAGGAUAUUUUAAAAGAGUGAACUUUUUAAAGAGUGUUUGUCGCUGGUGACAGCCGCUGUAAUGAGUUCCUUCCUCAUGCUUCAGUGCUACUUUUCCAGUGAGGCCAAUUGGAUGCCUUAUAAAGAAAGCCAUGGUCAGAUGUCAUGAGUUACAUCACUUCUUCCACUCCUGACUACUACCUCUACAGACUCUCAGCGGCUGCAUUUUUCUAAACACAUUUUCUGUCAUCUUUUUUCCUCUUUUCAUUAUGAUUCGUUUAUCAGUUUUGCAUCCGUCGUCAAAGCCGCCAUUUUUUCUGGGGCUUUUUCUCAAGAGAAGGCUGAUUCCUGCCUUUGUCUGAGAACGUUUUUUCACAGCAGUAUGUUUAGUUUUUGAUACCAAGAAGACUCUUUGGGUUUAAACAUUUUUUAAUUCUGCUUUUGUAUACCGUUUUUUUUCGCUGUUCUUAUCACAGUUUUCUUUUAAGGUUCAUAUUUCUACCUCUUCCUGUGCUUUUCCUUCCUUUCUGUCAGAUACACCUGUUGGACAUUAUUUUACUUUUAUACUGUCUCAGGUAUUUGUCCUGCUUUUUUUUUUUUAAUGGGCACAAACUGACAACAGCUUUCCACUGUUUUUGUUCUUUUUAACCAUCCCUGUCGAGGGCAAAGCGCAAGGCAAACUUAGCUGCUAAACUGAACACCACUCAUCUGUCUUAGUUGUUUUCCAUUUCGUCACAACAUGUGGUCUGCCUUUUCUGUGACCGAUGAUGACGGCCGUAUGGCACCGCCAGGAACGGCGCUUGCAACGGUAGGAGCACCCCAGGGUGCUGGAGGAGGUUUGUCCGGCCUCAUGACUGGACGCGGUGGGGGGGGCAAGCGCCGCAGGACGACGUCAGCAGGACACGCCAUGAGUGAGGCCCAGGAAGGGAAGAUCAAGCUGGCAUUCUUCGUGGCCAUCGUGGGCGUAGUCCUGACAGUCCUUGGGGUGGGGACAGAGUUCUGGGCGGAGCUGGCACCGUCAAAGAGUUUCUAUAACAACCAGACUUGCCUGACAGCUCACUACGGCCUGUGGAAGGGCUGCACAAAGACAUUGUGGGUGUCUGAUAUCGACCCAGAGAGAGAGAGCUGUGGACCUGCUGAUCUACCCGGAGAAUCAAACUGCACCUACUUCAAGUUUUUUACCACGGGGGAAAAUGCUGUGAUGUUUCAGAAGACAACACAGAAGAAUCUGAAUGUAGCAGCAGCCAUGUUGGCCCUGUUCAGUCUGUUCUUGAUGGUGAUGGGGGCCAUAUGCAUCGUCAUGUGUCUCAGUAAAAAUAUCAUCUUCUUCCUCAAGCCAGCGUCUGUCUGCUUCAUUCUGUCAGGUGUCCUGGUGCUUCUCUCUCUGUUGGUUUUCCACCUGUCCGUCCUGGCCUUCCUGGCCAGCGACAACAUGGUUCCUCUCCACCACGAGCUCUCCUGGUCGGUGUCAUGCAUCGGCUGUGCGGCGGCUGUCCUCAUCGUGGGAGGGAUCCUCUUCCUGCUGCUGGCGCUGCCCUACAGCCCCUGGCAGAGGUGUCUCCCUCAGAAGGACAGCAGUAGCUAGUGACCUGGAGGUGGUGUUGCACUUUAUCUGCCCUUUCUGAUUCUGAGGAGGGAGGGUGCAGAGGGGCGUGGGUGUUUCCCAAAGACGUCUUAGCAGAAAGAUCGCAUUUUCUGUGAACUUAAAGGAAUCACGAGCAUGUUUAUGGGAGAGUGAUGGGAGAAUCACUGAAAUGCACCUAACACCUAGCUGUCUAUCUUGUCAUUAAAAUAUUCUUGUUAGUAUGAAAUAUAUAGUUAUUAAAUUAAUCCAGUCCAUUCAGUCAUUCUGGUUCCCCUUACCUUAUAGACAUAAUAUUGUUGAUGUUUAACCUGUUCCUCAACAUGGAUACAGCUAGGUGCUAAAAGCUACAGUGAAAUACCCUUUUUAGUGGAAACAAGUAUGGAGAUUUUAUUGCUCAGAUGUGGUUGGGAAACAGUCCUGUAUUGUCUUACUAUCCUACAGGUUUUGGAGGCAAUUUACUCUUUGUUCAUUCAACAAAUUGUGAAGUCCUUACAUAAUGCUAACUUUUUUUUUUUUU